AACAACCUUUCUUUUAUCGACCCACCAACUUCACUCCCAUUUCUAUUUUACUACCAGUUUCAACUCUUCAAGUGGAAAUAGCAAGAAUUUUAGAGAGAGAAAGAGAGAGGGAUGGGGAUAAGCAUAAGUGAAGUGGGAGUGAAGGAGUUGAGAGAAGCUGGAUUACAACAAACAGAGGCUGAAAACUUAUACAACCACCUCAAACAAGCAAUUUACGCAAGCAACGAUGAUCCCAAGGAGUUGUGGCGUGCGAUCACGGCUCGGAGGCUGCUUAAACCCUGGUUCCCUCACGCACUGCAUCAACUCGUCUACUAUGCUGUCUAUCAUAACUACGAUGCCUCUGUUUCUGGUCCUCCUCUCUAUUGGUUUCCCUCUUUAAACGAGUCCAGCUACACAAAUUUAGGUCGACUUAUGGAAACUCAUUGUCCAAAGCUUCUAGGGUUAGAAUAUAAGAAUCCCAUAGCAAGUUUUACUCAAUUUCAGAGAUACUGUGUUCAACAUCCCGAGGUUUACUGGCCGUUGAUUUUAAAAGAGCUUUCAUUAUCAUUUCGUGAAGAGCCAAAAUGCAUUCUAGAUACAACUGACAGAACAAAACGUAGUGGAUCAUGGCUUCCUGGUUCGGUUCUGAAUAUUGCAGAAUGUUGCUUGCUGGCAACCAGUCAUCCCAAAAAGCAGGAAAACAGUUUGGCAAUUGUAUGGAGGGAUGAAGGUUUUGAUGAUUCCAGUAUCAAUUCCAUGACACUAAGAGAUCUUCGUGAGCAAGUAAUGUUAGUAGCAACUGCACUAGAUGCAAUGUUCUCAAAGGGAGAUGCAAUAGCAAUUGACAUGCCAAUGACAGUCAAUGCAGUCAUCAUAUACUUGGCAAUUGUAUAUGCUGGAUUUGUCGUGGUGGCAAUAGCUGACAGCUUCGCCCCAAAGGAAAUUGCCACCCGUUUGCGGGUGUCUAAGGCCAAGGCCAUCUUUACUCAGGAUUGCAUUGUUCGGGGAGGCCGACAAUUUCCUUUAUACAGCCGAGUGAUCGAGGCUUCUCCUUGUAAAGCAAUAGUGGUUCCUGCUAUUGGGAAGGAUGUCAAAGUUCAAUUAAGAAAGCAGGACUUGUUGUGGAUUGAUUUUUUAUCUAGUGUAGACUCCUUACCCAGAGAAAAAUACAGCAGUGCAGCCUAUCUACCUGCAGACUCAAUGAUUGCUAUACUCUUCUCAUCAGGAACAACAGGAGACCCAAAAGCAAUACCAUGGACUCAAAUAUCUCCCAUUCGAGCUGCUGGUGAGGCUUGGGCACAAAUGAAUCUUCAAGCAGGAGAUAUCUACUGUUGGCCAACAAAUUUAGGAUGGGUAAUGGGACCGAUUUUGUUAUUUUCAUGCUUGUUGAAUGGCGGAACUCUUGCACUUUAUCAUGGAUCUCCUUUAGGCCGUGGGUUCGGAAAAUUUGUCCAGGAUGCUGGGGUAGCUGUUUUGGGCACCGUACCAAGCUUAGUGAAGACUUGGAAGAGCACCAAGUGUAUGGAAGGCCUAGAUUGGACAAAUAUUAAAUCAUUUGCUUCUACUGGGGAAGCCUCUAAUAUUGAUGAUGACCUCUGGCUUUCUUCUAAGGCUUACUACAAACCCAUUAUCGAAUGUUGUGGAGGCACAGAGCUUUCAUCAUCCUACAUACAAGGAAAUUUUCUGCAACCCCAAGCAUUUGGAGCGUUCAGCUCUGCUUCAAUGGCAACAGGCUUUGUUAUUCUUGACGAAGAUGGUUUUCCUUAUCCUGAUGAUCAAGCGUGCAUUGGUGAAGUGGGCUUAUUUCCUCUGUACAUGGGAGCAACUGAUAAGCUGCUUAAUGCUGACAACGAGGAAGUGUACUUUAAGGGAAUGCCAGUGUACAAAGGAAUGAACUUGAGGAGACAUGGAGACAUCCUCAAGAGAACUAUCGGAGGCUAUAUAGUUGUACAGGGCAGGGCUGAUGACACAAUGAAUCUUGGUGGCAUAAAGACAAGUUCAGUGGAAAUUGAAAGAGUUUGUGAUCAGGCAGAUCAAAGUGUGCUGGAAACUGCGGCAGUGAGUGCUGCACCAGCAAAUGGUGGUCCAGAACAGUUGGCCAUUUUUGUGGUCUUAAAGGAAGGGUAUAAAAGCAAACCAGAUAUGUUAAGGUUGAAAUUUUCAAGAGCCAUCCAGACUAAUCUUAACCCAUUGUUUAAGGUGAGCAUUGUGAAGAUAGUCCCGGAGUUCCCUCGCACAGCUUCCAACAAGUUACUUAGAAGGGUAUUGAGGGAUCGAUUCAAGAAGGAUCUUGUCUUGCAGAGUAAAAUAUGACCAAGUUUUACAAUAAAAGAAAUAUUUUAAGAUACAACUUUAUGUGCUGCAGGGGAAUUAUAAUAAGGUUACUGCAGUAAUAUGCUAAUAUAUUGGUGACAUGUAAAUUUCAGAUGCAAAUUUAAGAUUGUUGUGGAGGUUCUCUUCGGCUUCUCACUGCUGAGUAGGCCACUAAGAAAAUUUGUAAGCCUGCAGUAUGUGUUCUUGUUAUAAUAUGAUUUGGAUCUUAUUCUGCAUAUUUACCGACAAUAAACCUCAAUUGAUUUGGAUCCUUUGUCGCAUAUUUGCUGACAAUAGAACUAGUCUUUGACUCA